AUGAUCUGUAAAACUUUUUUCACUGUCCUGAAAUACCUGCUGGUUCCUGCAGUUGUUGCUUUGCUGGUGAGUACCUCUGUUUUGAUAUGGCUCAACAUCCAGCAAACUCCACAGUGCCCUGCUCGGCAGGUAAACCCAGACCAGCCAAUGCACAAUGAGCGCAGUGUUGUCUUUGCUGACCUCUCAAAGGAAGAGAUUCUACAGGUGCGUGACUAUAUUUCCAAGAUCCCAGGGAGGGACAUCUCUUUCGAUACAUCUUCACCUCCUUCAGCUGACUACUUGUAUAUGAUUGAACUCUCCCUGCCAAAAAAAAUUGAGGUUUUGCAGUACCUGGAUGCCAAUGGACCAAAACCAAGAAGAGAGGCAACUGCAGUGGUUUUUCAUGGCAGUAAGAACAACAUAAAAGAAUAUGUAGUUGGUCCUCUACCCAACCCAUCCUACCACAAAGAUGUCACAGUUGAGAGAUAUAAAAGAGAGAUCCCUCUUACUGCACGUCCGGUUUCUUUUGGGGAGUAUAUACUUAUAGAUAAGCUUCUGAUAGAUGUGCUUAAACCAGUAGGCACACUUCUGGAAGAAAGCUUUGGCUUGACUCCAUCAUCAUACCAUGCUUACUAUGACGGCAUGCCCAGAGGGGUCAAGUCAGGAGACAGACAGUCCUGGAUUUCACUCUUUCGAGAUGAGGAGGGUUACUACAUCCAUCCAGUGGGCUUUGAAAUUUUAAUAGACCACCAAAGCAUCAAAUUUUCAUCCUGGCAUGUGAUGAAAGUACUGUAUAAUGGUCAGUACUUUGACACUUUAACAGAACUGAAGCAGCAAUAUGAGGCAGGGACUGUGAAGAAAGUCAUCUACAAACCUGUGCCAAAUUAUGCAUCACUCAAACCCAGGAAGAAACCCACAGGCGUUGGACCCCAGCAGUUUUAUGUUAAAGGCAAGCGAUUCAGUGUAAAGAACAACAACAUUUUAUACCUCGACUGGAGUUUCGCCUUUGGUUUGAGCCCCCUCAGAGGCAUGAGAGUUUUUGAUGUACAAUUUAGAGGUGAGAGAAUCAUCUAUGAGCUGAGCGUUCAGGAGGCCAUGUCAGUCUAUGGAUCUAUCACCCCAAAUAUCAUGCUCACCAAGUUCCUUGAUGGUAGUUUGAGCAUGGGUGCAUGUGCCUAUGAGUUGGUCAAAGGGGUUGACUGCCCCUAUUCUGCCAGCUACAUAAACACUAUCCAUUUCGUGGACACCGGCAUUCCACGCCAGCUCAGAAACUCAAUUUGUGUCUUUGAGCAUGACAUGGGCCAACCUCUACGGAGGCACUUUUCUGAGGUUAUCUUUACCAGUUAUGGAGGACUAGCCAAUAGUGCCUUGGUGUUCAGGACAAUUACAGUUAUUGGAAACUAUGACUACAUUUGGGAUUUCAUUUUCUACCAAAGUGGCUCAGUGGAGGCAAAAGUGCACGCCACAGGCUACAUUGCAUCUUCCUUUAAAUUGAAUGAUAAUUUUAAAUUUGGUCAUCAAGUGGCCGGAAAUGUCACCGGAAAUGUCCACACCCAUUUCCUUAACUUCAAAGUGGAUCUCGAUGUUGUAGAAGUAAAGAAUGUCUUCCAGGCCAAAGACAUGAAGUUUGUGAACGUCUCGCUGCCCUGGAUGCCUGAACGUCAUGCGAUGAUCCCUCAGUUGGUGGAGAAACAGCUUCAAACAGAGCAGGAGGCAGCGCUGCGUCCUGAAGCCAAGAUUCCACGCUACCUUCACAUUGCAAGCAACCAGACCAACAGGUGGGGUCAUCAGCGCUCCUACAGGCUGCAGGUUUUCAGCAACACUGGGGACCACCUCCCACAGAACCAGGCAGAGGAGAAGGCCAUGUCCUGGGCCAGGUAUAGGGUUGCCAUAACUAAGCACAAGGACCUGGAACAAAGCAGUGGCAGCCUGUACAAUCAGCAUGACAUCUGGAAUCCAGCGGUUGACUUUAGCAAGUUCAUUGAAGACAAUGAAACCAUUGAAAAUGAGGACCUGGUUGCCUGGGUGACCACUGGUUUCCUCCACAUCCCCCAUGCCGAGGACAUCCCCAACACGAUAACAGUUGGUAACGGUGGUGGGGUUUUGCUCAGGCCACACAACUACUUUGAUGAAGACCCAUCUAUCCACUCUGCUGAUGGGGUUUACAUUGACCCAGGCACUGAGGACAGCUGCGACAACAAUAGGAUGGCCUGCCUUGCUCAAGAGACCUGCAGCCCAGUGCAGGAACCCUUCACCUACCAUGGCUUCAAUUAAGAGCUUCAUGGAAUCACAAGAGGGAGCUACUAAAAUGCUAUGCUUACUUUGUUUUGUUUCUUUGAUAUAAUUUUGUACUUUCAAAUUAAAAGCAUGAAUAAUACUACAGGUACAUGGGGAUUUAGCUUAUAACACAUGUCUGUGUGCCACUUGAAAUGGCAGUGAAAUGAUGUACCAAAUGUUCUAUAAACCCUUCCUUUAAAUGAUAAGAGACAUAGUUGAACAGUCCAAAUAUGUCAACCUGAUUUCUUAUCAUCAAAGAAUAUUAAUUCCUUAAGAUUAGUUUGGUAUCAACAGAACAGUGAUCAAUGGAUGACAUUACU